CGCGGCCUCUCCCGGCGCCCCGCGGACUGCUACAGAACGCUGUGAAAUUAUCGUUCGUGGUAAAUACGGGUUCAAGAAACAUGACGACUUUAGGGAUUAUAUUGAGACGUUUUUGAUGGUUUUGUGUGAUGUAACCAGGAUAAAUACAAGGAGUGGUUUGGCAAAGUGGACAGUAAUGGAGUAUAUGAGCACGGGUAGUGAUAGCAAAGAGGAGAUUGACUUGUUGUUAACUAAUUUAAAUAUGUCAGAGGUGAUAGACAUCAUGGAAAACCUUUAUCCAGGUGGAGACCUUGCAGUCUAUGAAGACAGCUUAAUUACAAUGUGUGAAGAGGCAAAUCAAAAUGAAGAAAGUGCGGAAUCUUUACUGUUUUGUGAAAGGGAGGUUUCUUUGAUGUCCUCCGUCAAAUACGGGACUGUGGAAGACCUGCUUGCUUUUGCAAAUCAGGUGUCUAACACUGCAAAACAAUUUAAAGGAUGCAGACAGCAAGAAUCUGGAAUCCUCUUGAACAUGAUCACACCCAAGAAUGGGCGCUAUCAAAUCGACUCAGAUGUGCUCCUGUUUCCAUGGAAGCUGACUUACAGGAACAUUGGUUCUGAUUUUAUUCCUCGAGGAGCUUUUGGGAAGGUGUACUUAGCCCAAGAUAGAGAAACCAAGAAACGAAUGGCAUGCAAACUGGUCCCAGUGGAACAGUUCAAACCAUCAGAUGUUGAAAUACAGGCAUGUUUCCGUCAUGAAAACAUUGCUGAAUUAUAUGGUGCUAUUUUGUGGGAUGAGACGAUCCAUCUCUUUAUGGAAGCCGGAGAGGGAGGAUCUGUCAUGGAGAAGCUGGAGAGUUGUGGUCCUAUGAGAGAAUUUGAAAUCAUUUGGGUGACAAAGCAUAUUCUGAAAGGACUUGACUUUCUCCACUCCAAAAGGAUUAUCCACCAUGAUAUCAAACCAAGCAAUAUCGUCUUUAUGUCAACUAAGGCUGUUUUGGUGGAUUUUGGCCUAAGUGUUCAAAUGACUGAAGACAUUUACUAUCCCAAAGACCUUAGAGGAACAGAGAUCUACAUGAGCCCUGAAGUUAUUCUCUGCAGAGGCCACACAACAAAAGCGGACAUCUACAGCAUGGGAGCUACUAUUAUUCAUAUGCAAACUGGCAUCCCGCCCUGGGUGAACAGAUACCCUCGUUCUGCAUAUCCAUCCUACCUCUAUAUUAUACACAAGCAAGCUCCCCCCUUAGAAGACAUUGCCGAAGACUGCAGCACUUCCAUGAGAGGGUUGCUAGAAGCAGCUCUAGAAAGGAAUCCUAAUCAUAGGCUGUCUGCAGCAGACUUACUGAAACACGAAGCUUUACACCCACCCCCAGAAGAGCAGCCGCGGUGCCAGAGUCUGGACUCAGCAUUGUUUGAAAGGAAAAGACUACUUGCAAGGAAGGAGCUGCAGUUGCCAGAAAACAUUACAGAUUCCUCGUUGUGUACCGGGAGCAUGGAAGAGUCGGACCUGCUGAAGAGGCAAAGAUCACUCUACAUAGAUCUUGGAGCUCUGGCUGGUUACUUCAAUAUUGUUAGGGGACCACCAGCCUUAGAAUACGACUGACUCAGUAACAUUUUAAGUCAGCAGGUCGGAAAUGGACCUCUACCUCUUAAAACUUGAUUUUAAGACUUGAUUUUCAGAUUUGUACAUAAAAAUAUUGCCAUUGUAGGCUGUCAAAUGUGAAUAGUGUUUAAUUGCACAGAUGAUUAAGCUAAACCCUUAGGGGCUCUGAUAAGCUGAUCCCAAACAACGGUAUUUGUGUGUCUGCUGGUUGACCAACAAGAAGAUGGCAAAAAGAACACUGCUGGGAAUGUCUUAAUCCGGUAUAUCUUCCUGUGCUGGGCCUUGCACUUUUAUAAAACUUAUAAUAUAUGCUUGCAAAUACUGCCAUGAAAAAAAAAAUAGUAAUUGAGCAUGUGGGCUGUAAGAUUCAGUCUCUCUGAGCUGUCCUUAGAGAAAAC